AUGUCAGUAGCUCCUUCUCGCGCCGGCAGCCGACUUCAGCAAUACGAAGACGUCGAUGACCCAGAGGGUAAUGAGAAAGAAAUCGCAGGACAAGAAGGAGGUGACUUGACCACAGAUGGCGCACCCAACGGCAAUGGUCAGCACGACGACGAUGACGACGACCAUCAGAAAAUUACACAGAACGGCGGAGGUGGCGUCGCGGCUUCCAGUUCGAAGCGAGACGCCGUAGCUAACGGCGUUCGAAACGGCAGAAUAAAAGGAAAUACCGGUGGUGAUACUGACGAAGACGAUAACGACGCUUCCAGUAAUAUUAACGGUGGCUACUGGCGCUCAGCAACAGCCUCCAGGCCUGGCUCACCCCCUAUGAUCGAUAAUGCCAGCGACGCAUCUUCGAUGGUACCAGUUGCUGCACCACCGAGACCCAAGAGUCGAGCAGAGAUGACCAUGACUGCCAGUAGGUACAACAAUUUGUCCUAUUGGAGAGCCAGACGAGUUAUAUUUUAUAAAAAUGGGGAUCCAUUCUUUCCUGGUAUUGAGUUUAGGUUCAAACCUGGCAGAGACAUAGUUAGCUUAGAGUCUUUAUUAGACAAACUCUCUCUACGUAUGGAUCUUCCCCGGGGUGCUAGAUAUAUUUUUUCAAUGGAUGGUGACAGAAAAUAUAGAUUAGAUGAACUAGAGGACGGUGCUUCCUAUGUUGUGUCUUCUUAUAAAACUUUUAAGCUGAUGUCAGCUGAAAAUUGCCAAAAACUUGCCAAGUUGUUUUUGUAUUAUGAUGGCGAGAACCUUAAAAAAGAACUGUUCAACGGAACAUAUCAAUAUCAAUUCAAUUAUUAUGGCUUUGGGAACCCAUGUGAUUUAACCGAUGCUUUUGAUUGA